GCUGGCCUCGGUACCCUCCCCGUGCUCGGUGCCGCGGCCGAGCAGCUCGGGGGAGGCUGCGUCGGGGGACCGACAGGUACCGGGCUCGACCCCUGCUCGGGCGGCUGGGAGUUCAGAGGUGCUGUGUUCUCAGAUAAUAUUUAUGCACUCACGUCCACCAUGCAACCACUUCGCACUGCAGUUCAUGGUCUAGUUGCAGCCGUCGGCAGGGUCUAAGGCCAGAACAAUUUCGACAACCCCCCAAAACCCCUGCUUCCAUGGAGCAGUCGCUCCCCGCUUCCCUGACCGCAGUUCUGGACCGCGAUUGCAUGAGCGUGGCAGGUGUAGUUACGUGGUUUCUGUCAGGCCCAUUGGUAGCUUCUGUUUGAGUUGAUUGGCUCCCUGUUGCCCGUGGAUGGUGCACACGUCUUCGCCCUCACCCAGGAUUGUGCCCUUUUUUGUUCACUUUGCUCUUCAUUUCUUUUCAAGAAUUCUGGCAUGUUUUGACAUGUAAAUUAUGUUUUCGUGUAAAGCUUCCUGGGAGUCUCUGUUGUUUCCGUAGAUGGGUUCUCUUCUUGGAUCUUAUAGGAGAAAGGACCAGUUCUGUCUUUUCCACUUUGAUCUUUAGGUUGACACUUGCUGUGCUUCUGGGCUGCAGCCUGGUUGGUCAGACCUCAAGAUGGCAGGCAUCAACCCCUGGAGCUCAUGGGGUGCUCUUAUGGACCAGUCCUGGGGGAUGACAGCAGUUGAUCCAUGGGCCUCCUGGGCUCUCUAUCCUCAGGACCCUGUGUGGCAUGGUGAGGGGAGAAGUGCAGCUGGGCUCCCAACAGCCCAGGUCCAGGAGCCAGUGACCUUCCGGGAUGUGGCCGUGGACUUCACCCAGGAGGAGUGGGGGCAGCUGGACCCUACGCAGAGGACACUGUACCGUGAUGUGAUGCUGGAGACCUUCGGGCACCUGCUCUCUGUGGGACAUCAGAUUGCCAAACCUGAGGUCAUCUCCCUGUUGGAACAAGGGGAGGAGCCGUGGUCAGUGGAGCCUGUACAUCCUCAGAGCUCUUGUCCAGAGUGGAUGAGAAAUCUUGAAAGGAAAGCACUGAUCUCAGCACAGAGUAUUUUUGAGGAAGAACAACCCUAUGGCAUGAAGUUGGGAAGAUGCCAAUGGGAUGAUUCUUGGUUCUCCAGAUUAGGAGUUUUGGGAUAUAAAGACCAAUUAGAAAUGUACCACAUGAACCAGAGUACAGCUAUGACGCAAAUGUUCUUCAUGCAAAAACAAAUACUGUCUCAAAGAGGUUCUGAAUACUGUGAACUUGGGGCAGAGUAUAGCGAGAGCUUAAAAUUUUUUCCAUCUCAGAAAGUUUCCCAAUUAGAACAUUUUUAUAAACCUGACACACAGGCGGAAAGUUGGAGAUUCAAUUCAGCCAUAAUGUAUGCAGAUAAAAUCACCUGUGACAAUAAUAAUAAUAAUGGCAAAGCAUUUAACCAGUCCAUUCAGCCUGUUCAUCCUAUAAGAAUGCAGACUGGAGAUGAUCUUUUUAUAUGUACUGAUGGUAUGAAAUCCUUGAAUAAUGUCAUACAUUUUGGUGAUCAUAAAGGAAUACAUGCAGGGGAAAAACUAUAUGAAUAUAAGGAAUGCCAUCAAUUUUUUAACCAAAGUCCAUCAUUUAAUGAACACCCAAGACUUCAUAUUGGAGAAAAUCAGUAUGAUUACAAAGAAUAUGAAGAUAUCUUUUACUUCUCAUCCUUUAUGGAACGUCAAAAAAUUGGUACUGUAGAGAAAGCAUAUAAAUACAAUGAGUGGGAGAAAGUCUUUGGAUAUGACUCUUUCCUUUCUCAACACACAAGUACGUACACUGCAGAGAAGCCCUAUGAGUAUAAUGAAUGUGGCACAUCUUUCAUCUGGAGCUCUUACCUUAUUCAACAUAACAAAACUCAUACUGGAGAGAAACCCUAUGAAUGUGAUAAAUGUGGAAAAGUUUUUAGGAAUCGUUCAGCCCUUACCAAACAUGAACGGACUCACACUGGAAUAAAACCCUAUGAAUGUAACAAAUGUGGGAAAGCUUUCAGCUGGAAUUCUCAUCUGAUUGUACACAAGAGAAUUCAUACAGGAGAAAAGCCUUAUGUGUGUAAUGAGUGUGGGAAGUCCUUCAACUGGAACUCCCAUCUCAUUGGCCACCAGAGAACUCAUACUGGAGAGAAACCAUUUGAAUGUAGAGAAUGUGGGAAGUCAUUCAGCUGGAGUUCCCAUCUCAUUGCUCACAUGAGAAUGCACACAGGAGAGAAACCCUUUAAAUGUGAUGAAUGUGAAAAGGCUUUUCGGGAUUACUCUGCUCUUAGUAAACAUGAAAGGACUCAUUCUGGAGCAAAACCCUAUAAGUGUACAGAGUGUGGAAAAUCCUUCAGCUGGAGCUCCCAUCUCAUUGCUCACCAGAGAACUCACACAGGAGAGAAACCUUACAAUUGCCAGGAAUGUGGCAAAGCAUUCAGAGAACGCUCAGCCCUCACCAAACAUGAAAUCAUUCAUUCUGGAAUUAAACCCUAUGAAUGUAAUAAAUGUGGAAAAUCUUGUAGCCAGAUGGCUCACCUUGUUAGGCAUCAAAGGACUCAUACUGGAGAGAAACCGUAUGAAUGCAAUAAAUGUGGGAAAUCUUUUAGUCAGAGCUGUCACCUAGUUGCUCAUCGGAGAAUCCACACUGGUGAGAAACCCUAUAAAUGUAAUCAGUGUGAGAGGUCCUUUAACUGUAGCUCUCACCUUAUUGCACAUCGGAGAACUCAUACUGGAGAGAAACCAUAUAGGUGUAAUGAAUGUGGGAAAGCAUUUAAUGAGAGUUCUUCCCUUAUUGUGCACCUGAGAAACCAUACUGGAGAAAAACCCUACAAAUGUAAUCAUUGUGAAAAGGCUUUCUGUAAGAACUCAUCCCUUAUUAUUCAUCAGAGAAUGCAUACUGGACAGAAGCGCUUCAUAUGCAGUGACUGUGGAAGAGCCUUCAGUGGUCACUCAGCCCUGCUUCAGCACCAGAGGAGUCACAGUGAGGGGAAACUGCCCUUGAACUGAUCGGAGUUUUCUUUUAUUGUACAUUUGAUGACAUUGAAGAUAAUAUAAGCAAGAGGGAAAAUUUUAAAUUAAGAGUUUGUACACUGUCUAUGAUUCAGUAUGAAACUUAGAAGUGAAAUUAAUAGGUAAAAGCUUACAGCAGUUUUAUAGCCCUCAUUCAACAUCAGUUAGAGAAGAAACAAACACCUGUGGCCUCCUGGAAUCCCUACCUAAGUAGCAUGACUUGGGAGUGAGGGGGUUACUCUUUCAGCACAAACUCUUAAUGAUUUUAUAGGUAGAUCAGUGUGUGUCACUGAGGCAAAACCCUAUGACUGGAAGUAGUUUUUCAUCAGGCCAGAGUACUGGAUGGAGACAUUCACAUUUUGUGCAUAAUUUUAGAGAUGCAGAUAGAUUUUACUAUUACAAGAGGAAGGUCUAGGUGCUAGAAUAAGAAACACUAAAUUGGAAAUUAAGGAAGAAAAUAGUAUGGUAUUGAAUGGGGUAUUUACUCUUGAUCAAGAUUAACCUCCUUAGGAAAUAGUCAGUGAGAUUACUAAUGGUGGAAAGGUUGUAGAAGCCUGAAGCUGACAUUGGCACAGAGGUGACACUGAAUCACCCAAACUGUCAUUGUCUUUUGUGUGCUUAUUACUGCAUUGUUGGACAGUUAGUCUAACUUCUAAGGCAGUCACUAUAAAUUAUACAGUAUUUGUGGACACUGCAUCAGUAUACAUAACAUGAAGGAAUAAAAAGGACACAGAAUUGUGUGCCCAUAUCUACUACAGGAGACCUAAAAAGUGUAGGGGUAAGGAUCUGAUAGAUUCAUGGAGAAAUUAACCCAGUUACUUUAAGGUUUUGUUUUGUUUCACUAGUAUAGCACUUACCAUGUGCUAGGCUUUGUUUUAAAUGUUUUUCAAAUGUUAGUUUGUUCAGUUCCCUUAAUUGUAUUAAGUAGGUACUGUUACCAUCCCGGGGUUUAUGAAUGGGGAGACUGAAGUGGCAAAAGCAGGAUACCUGCCCCAGGACCCCUGCUAAUCAGCAGUAGAACUGAUCCUAUGUGGUUCCAUAGGACAUGUUUUUAACCACUGUCAUCCUGACUCUCCAGUGAUACAUUUCCCAAAUGUUUUCCCUUUUUUUGUUCAUUGUUUGUAUAGUAGAGAUUUGAUAAUAAAAUUCAAGAAAAUCUUAA